UACCAAAACAAGCUGGCUGUGGCCGGGGAGCCUAGGGGCGGGGCCCGCUCUCGCGGCGGGGGCGGGUUGGGCGCUGGGCGCUACUUUGCACUUCCGCUUGCGGCCGGUUGUCCGGCCGGGGGCAUGGAGGUGGGCUAACGUGCGGCUGGCCGGCCGAGCGGAAAUGUUGUUUUGGGGGCCAAAGUGGGAGUAUAUCCGAAUGCAGAGCCUCAUCUAUUCAGAUUAGCCCAGCGACCUCAACAAAAAGGAUCACUUCUCUGUAGGAAGUUUGUUAAGUCGCAGGUCCAGAAUGAGUACUUGCUGUUGGUGUACUCCAGGUGGGACUUCCACCAUUGAGGUCCUGAAGUGCUAUGCAGCCAGCACUGGCUCAGGUGACUUUCAGACUGCUGAUGAAGACCUCUGCUACUGCUUAGAGUGUGUGGCCGAGUACCACAGGGCCAGAGAUGAGGUGCCGUUCUUACAUGAGGUUUUAUGGGAGCUAGAAACCGUACGCCUCAUAAAUCACUUUGAGAAGUGUAUGAAGCCGGAGGUGGAGGAUGACGACGAGUUAUAUAUAGUAGACAACAACGGAGAAGAGCAGCUCUUUGACUGUAGUGGCCAAGAUUUUGAAAAUAAGCUUCGAGUUCCUCUUUUUGAAAUACUGAAGUACCCUUACUUGCUUCUGCAUGAGCGUGUUAAUGAACUCUGUGUGGAAGCACUGUGUCAAAUGGAACAAACCAAUUGCUCCUUUCAGGUUUUUGACAAAUAUCCAGGGAUCUAUUUAUUUUUGGUUCAUCCCAAUGAAAUGGUUCGGCGAUGGGCUAUUCUGACUGCAAGAAACCUGGGCAAGGUGGACAGAGAUGACUAUUAUGACUUACAGGAAGUUUUAACUUGCCUUUUUAAAGUCAUUGAGUUGGGGCUUUUGGAAAGUCCAGACAUUUACACGUCUUCUGUGCUUGAAAAAGGCAAACUGAUCCUUUUGCCUGCACACAUGUAUGAUACUACCAACUACAAAAACUAUUGGUUAGGUAUUUGCAUGCUGCUGACUAUUCUUGAGGAGCAAGCCAUGGAUUCACUGUUGUUGGGCUCAGACAAACAAAAUGAUUUUAUGCAAUCAAUUCUUCACACCAUGGAGAGGCAAUCGGAUGAUGACAGCAUGGAUCCUUUCUGGCCAGCAUUACACUGUUUCAUGGUGAUUCUGGAUCGCCUUGGGUCUAAGGUGUGGGGUCAACUUAUUGACCCUAUUGAAGCAUUUCAAACCAUCAUUAACAAUGUGAGCUACAACAGAGAGAUCCAGAAUAUACGGAACAGCUCCAUAAGGACCAAGUUAGAACCGGAGCCAGAUUUUGAUGAUAUGGUGACGUGCAGCCAGAUUGUCUAUAACUAUAAUCCUGAAAAGACCAAAAAGGAUUCAGGGUGGAGAUCUGCCAUUUGUCCCGAUUACUGUCCUAACAUGUAUGAAGAAAUGGAGACUUUAGCCAGUGUACUUCAGUCAGAUAUUGGUCAAGAUAUGCGUCUUCAUAACAGCACCUUUCUGUGGUUCAUACCUUUUGUUCAAUCACUCAUGGAUCUUAAGGAUUUGGGUGUGGCUUACAUAGUAGAAGUUAUUCAUCAUCUAUACUCUGAGGUCAAAGAUGUCCUCAACCAGAAAGAAGCUGUGUGUGACAAAGUCACUGAAUUUUUUAUUCUGAUUUUAAUAUCUGUGAUUGAACUCCAUAGAAAUAAAAAGUGUUUGCAUCUGCUGUGGGUGAGUUCUCAGCAGUGGGUAGAAGCUAUUGUGAAAUGUGCCAAGCUUCCUACCACCGCAUUUGCACGGAGUUGCGAGAAGUCACCUGGAAAUCCCCCCAAAGGAGCAGCAGUAAUGUCAUUGACGUUGCAUUCAGUGCAGUCUAACUCUGUCCAGCUUGCGUGUGUGCAGUUGAUUAGGGGUCUCCUCAAAGAAGGUUAUCAGCUUGGUCAGCAAACACUUUGUAAGCGGUUCUGGGAUAAACUUAACUUAUUCCUUCGAGGAAAUUUAUCUCUGGGUUGGCAGUUGACUACUCAAGAAACCCAUGAGUUACAAACAUGUUUGAAACAAAUAAUUAGAAAUAUAAAAUUGAAAAUGCCCCAAUAUAGCACUUUUGGGGAGCCAACUUCUACAUGUAAAACCCCUCCAUCUUUUAAAGAAGAAAGUGAACAAAUAGACAGGAAGCCUAAGAAAUACAUGUAUUGCCUGGAAAGUUGCAGCCCAACGUCUUCUAAAGAGCCAGUGAAAGCUGACAGCAAUCAAGUAUUGAGUAAAGCAGGUGCUAGAGAGGAGGAGGAGGAUGUCCAGCAGCGUUGCAUUGAUUUGAAUGAAGAGGAGCCUUUUUCAAAAGCCGAGUUGUGCUUGAAGCAGAAGAGUGAGCCUCUUGUUUCUGAAAGUGCACACGAACAAGUUAAAAUAAGCACAGAAAGGUCUGGGAAAGAAAACUCUUCAUACAGACCACGGAAUAGUACUUCAAGAAAUGGUCCAGAGUGGGGAUGUGACAGAGGAGUAAUAAUAUCAUCACAUUCAUUGACUGAUUCUAGCACCGAUUCUCUGGAAAAGGUGUCUACAUCAAAUGAAGAUGUCUCAUUAAAGGAUUGCGCUGUUAGUAAAACCUCAAAACCAAAAUCUAAAGCACAGAAAGAUGAAAUUUGUGCAAAGUUAUCACAUGUCAUAAGGAAGCAACACAGGAAAAGUACUUUGGUCAGUAACACUAUCAAUCUGGAGAACCAUACAGCUGUGUCUGACCUUGAGAGCUUCUGUACAGGAAAAGAUAGAGGUCUACAGGAAGAUGAUGCUGUCGCAGGUGGUGUGGCCGUAGCCACUGUUCUGAGUGACGAACAUGGAGAGCAAAAAUGUCAAAACAGUGCAUUGUUAAAAAAGAAACAGAUAAAAAGUGAGAAGUUGGAUGAUACUUCUGGUGAAAAGAAGUGUCAAGUCCAGGGAGGCCAUGCUGCUGGUCCAUGUGAGGGCCCUGUGAAGGUGCUAGCUGAACCAAGAGAUACAGUUGAAUCAAGAAAUAAGGAAAUGAGGAAGAACACAGUGCAGACUUCUAAUUUGGUAAAAGGACAGAUGCCCCCUCAAGGCAGUAGCAAGUCUCAAGCAGACCUCUGCAACUUAAGUGUAAUAGCUCAAACCACUGUUAUUCAAUAUCCGUCAAGUAAACAUAGUUCAUCCCAGCUGCAAAGAAAAGAUGAUGAAAGAUGUUUGGCAGCUAGCAGAAGCAAUGCUGACUCCUGCUAUGGACAAAUUAUUGUAAUUUCGGAUUCUGAUGAAGAUGAUGAUGAUGAGAUAACUGGUGGCACUGAGAAAAACAUCAAAUGGAGCAGCAAAGUCUGCAUGGAGAAAGAAUGUCUAGAGCAACAUGGUGCGGUAGUUAAUGCCAGCGUGGAAAAGAAGCUUGUUAAAGAAGAACCACAGUGCCCUGUAGAAUUUGAGGACUCUGAAUCUCAGGUUUUUGAGUUUGAAAGUUUAUCUGAAGUGUUUUCAGUCUGGCAAGAUGAUAAAGAAGACAGCAAGAGCACCCUUCAAGAGGGAGGGAAGAGCUGUGUAACCCGUGUAGCUGAUAGUACAAACAAUACCUUGGGUUGUGGCGCAGACUCUGUGUCGGAGGCGGUUGUUAGAAACCGAGCAGAGGAUGUUGAAGAGCAUGCAGAACCACACAGUAGUGUUUCUGCUGAUGAACUUUGUAAAACUGGAGUGAAAAAACCUAAGAGAAAACGAUGUGACACAGUUACAGUUGAAGAUCCUCAGAGGCCUUCCUCUUCUGUCGGAACUGAACAGCUGGCUGAUGACAGAGAACUUACUGGAAGUGGUUUAAAAAGGACAGACACAGGGACAUCAGCUCCUACUUCAAGUGUUGAGAGAGAUUCUACAGUUUCCCAGAAGAAGUCUACAAAGCCUCGUACUCACUCAAAGCCUGUUAAGAAAGUUCCAGCUUCUAAGGCUACAAAGAAAACACAUUCAGACACCAGACGAAGACAGAAUAAGAAUUCGUGCUACAUAAGCUGUAGAACUGCUCCUGCUAUUGUUCCACCAAAGAAAUUUCGCCAGUGUCCAGAGCCAACUUCAACAGUUGAAAAACUUCGUCUGAAAAAAGCUCCUCGGAAGGCAUUUGAGUUGUCCCAGAGGUCUCUGGAGUGUAUAGUCCAGUUACGUGACCAUGGUAAGACUGUUGGAGUAGUUGAAGCCCCGAAGAAGGCUAAAUUAGUUUCUCCUCAGACUCUUUCCAUCAAAAAUAAUAAGCUUCUGACUAGUCAGGAUCUUCAGUUUCAAAGGCUUAUGAGGUCUAGAGCACAUCAAAAACGAGACUUUGAUUACAAAAAUAUUGAUACUGCAACAGUGUCAUGCACGGUUCAGGGUUCAGAUGUACUUGUGUCAGACUCUGAUGGGCCAGAUAGUGAUAGAGGAGGUGAGCCACUUGCCAGCAGUAAUGAAGAACAAUUAGCAAACUGCAUGCCUUCCGAACCAGAAGUGGAAAAAGACAUCUCUGAUCUUGAGAUGGCUGAUGUAACUUGUCUUUUGGAACAGUGUGAGUCUAGAAUAUUAAGUGGAGGAGUGCCGACAGAUGUCGUGAUGGUCUCUACUUCAGAGGACCCUGUGGAUAGAGAUGCCUUCACAGUGCAAGUUGCAGAGGUGGCAGCAAUGAAAGCCACAGAGCCAGAAUCCAGUAGUGAUACAGAUUAUGAUAAUUUAUUCUUAACACAACACGAUCCUCAAGAUAUGGAUCUAUGCUCACAGUUGGAAAAUAGUAAACCCAUUGUAGUGGCUCAUAAAGAUACAGUUCAGAGAGAAGAUUGUGUAAGUCGGCCUCAGUUGGAGUCUUUGAGUGCUACUAGGUGUAAGUACAAAGACUGCGUUGAAACUGCGAAAGACCUGGGUGAAUACUGUCCAAGACACACCGAAGCUAAGGCAGCAGGUGAUGACGUGUUCCGGAAGCCUGGCUUGCCUCUUUCUGCCAGGCCCUUGAGAACUACGACCAAGAUAUUUAGCUCAAGCAGUGCUUCGCGAACUGCCAAUCUUUCCAAGUCUUUGGAGAGUACCACACUUCAGUCAGCACUAAAAAAUAAGUCAGGUGGGGCACUGCUGAAUUUAAAGGUGACACCACCCUCAUCUGUGAUGUCUCAGAAGCCAGUAGCUGAGGUGAAAAGUUUAUGCAAUAUUUUUCAUUUUCAGACUCCAAGCAGUUCCAACAAACAGAGUUACAAGCCAACACUUACUGAGAACAAGCCUAUGUCAGCUUCCUCUGCAGUGAACAUUUUCUCACCAUCGCAGUCUAUCUUUGACACCUUCAUUAAAGAGGUCUUAAAAUGGAAAUACCAUAUGUUUUUGAACUUUGAUAAAUGUGGUGCCCCAACAAGUCUCUGUCAGUCUAUCUCAAGACCCGUGCCUGUACGAUUUCAAGAUUGCGUAGAAUAUUUCAAUGUUUUUCUCCCUUUGAUUAUAUUGAAUGCUUUUGAAACAGUGGCACAGGAAUGGUUCAACUCUCCAAAUAAAGAGAAUUUCUAUCAGUUGCAUUUACGAAAGUUUCCAGCAGACUAUAAAAAAUACUGGGAGUUUAUGAUUUACCUGGAGGAAUCUGAACUAGCUAAACAGCUUCACCCAAAGGAAAAUGAUCUGGUGUUUUUGAUUUCUGAGAGACUACAUGGAGACAAGAAAGAUAUGGACAGGAGUGGCAUGCAAGACUGCAAUCACUAUUACUGUGGUUAUGUCCAUAAGUUUCGCCGAACUUCAGUCAUGCGCAGUGGGAAAGCUGAGUGUUCCUUGUGCAUCCAGACACAAGAUAUCUUGCCAGCCAGUCUAAAAGAACUUACGAAAUGUAUUGUAAUCAGUUCUCUGGUAACUACACAGAGGAAAUUGAAAGCCAUGUCUCUGUUGAGUAGUCGGAACCAGUUGGCCAGAGCUGUUCUAAAUCCAAAUCCCAUGGACUUCUGUACCAAAGACCUACUAACUACAACAUCUGAGAGAAUUAUUGCCUACUUAAAGGACUUUAAUGAAGACCAGAAGAAAGCCAUAGAAACUGCAUAUGCCAUGGUGAAACAGUCACCAUCCGUUGCCAAAAUCUGUUUGAUUCAUGGACCACCUGGAACAGGAAAAUCAAAAACUAUUGUUGGUCUCUUGUACCGCUUACUGACAGAGAACCAGAGGAAGGGUCAUUCAGAUGAAAACUUCAAUGCCAAAAUCAAACAAAACCGAGUCCUCGUGUGUGCACCUUCCAAUGCAGCUGUUGAUGAACUUAUGAAAAAAAUUAUCCUCGAAUUCAAAGAAAAAUGUAAAGACAAGAAGAAUCCUUUGGGAAACUGUGGAGAUAUCAAUUUAGUACGGCUGGGUCCAGAAAAGUCUAUUAAUGCAGAGGUCCUAAAAUUCAGUUUGGAUAGCCAAGUCAACCAUAGAAUGAAAAAAGACUUGCCAUCUCAUAUUCAAGAAAUGCACAACAGAAAAGAGUUUCUGGAUGGUCAACUUGAUGAGCUUUCUCGCCAGAGAGCUCUGUGUCGAGGUGGGCGGGAGACGCAGAGGCAAGAAUUAGAUGAAUACAUUGCCAAAGUUUCAAAAGAAAGGCAAGAACUUGCCUCGAAAAUUAAAGAGGUUCAGGGACGCCCACAGAAAACACAAAACACCAUCAUCUUGGAGUCCCAUGUCAUCUGCUGCACAUUGAGCACAAGUGGUGGUUUACUGCUUGAGUCUGCUUUUCGAGGGCAAGGGGGUGUUCCCUUCAGUUGCGUCAUUGUAGAUGAGGCCGGGCAGUCUUGUGAAGUUGAGACACUUUCUCCACUUAUCCAUCGCUGCAACAAACUUAUCCUAGUAGGAGACCCCAAACAGCUCCCUCCCACAGUCAUCUCUAUGAAAGCACAGGAGUAUGGCUAUGACCAGUCGAUGAUGGCACGGUUCUGCAAGCUUCUAGAGGAGGACGUGGAGCAGAGCGUGGUGGGCAGGCUGCCGAUUGUACAGCUUACCAUUCAGUACAGGAUGCAUCCAGACAUAUGUCUCUUCCCUUCUAAUUACGUUUAUAACAAAAACUUGAAAACAAAUAGAUUGACAGAAGCCAUUCGGUGUUCAUCAGAGUGGCCAUUUCAGCCCUACCUCGUGUUUGAUGUUGGAGAUGGUUCAGAGCAACGGGAUAAUGACUCAUAUGUAAAUAUUCAAGAAAUAAAGUUGGUGAUGGAAAUAAUUAAACUUAUUAAAGAGAAAAGAAAAGAUAUUUCCUUCCGAAAUAUUGGCAUAAUAACCCAUUACAAGGCUCAGAAGACCAAGAUCCAGAAGGAUUUGGAGAGAGAAUUUGAUAAGAAAGGACCUGCAGAAGUGGAUACGGUGGACGCCUUCCAGGGACGGCAGAAAGACUGUAUCAUCGUUACCUGCGUAAGGGCAAGUGCCAUGCAAGGCUCAAUUGGAUUCCUGGCAAGUUUGCAGAGACUGAAUGUCACCAUUACACGAGCCAAGUAUAGCCUCUUUAUUCUUGGACAUUUGAGGACUCUAAUGGAGAACCAACACUGGAAUGAACUGAUUCAGGAUGCUCAGAAGCGUGGGGCCAUUAUUAAGACCUGUGACCCAAACUAUAGACACGAUGCAAUGAAGAUUCUGAAACUGAAGCCUGUGCUACAGAGGAGCCUGACCCAUCCCCCAGCCACUGCCCCGGAGGUACCCAGACCUCAGGGUGGCUUGCCCAGCAACAGGCAGGACAGUGGGGUUGCCACGACAUCUUUUGCUGCAUCUCCGUACCACACACCGUCUGAUGCUAAUCCUGAAAGGCUGCCUCUUCAAGACCGACUUCGAGAUCCACGACUAUUUAGGAGAUUGGAUGCUGAAGCCAGGGGAACAGUCCUGAAGGAUCCACAGCCCGGGAGCCCCCAGCUCCCUGGCCUAGCCCAUCUCCUGGGAGAGCCUGGCUUUCCUGUGUCCUUCCAGGACCUAGGUUUUGUUGUGCCGCCAUCCACUGCUGUUGUUGCCCCUCUGAACAGCCACAGGUCUCCUAUGCAGGCUGAGCUACCACCUGCUCACCUUGCUGCUGCUUCCUCAAGUAAGAGGAAGUAUGGUGCCCCAGAUGCUGGCCUCAGCCGCAGAAGAGAUCCCAGGGUCUCCAGAGAAGAACAGGAAAGGCAUGGCUCUGUGACUCAUCAUGUGCUGAGAAGUGACCGGGACAGGAGGGGGCUGGAGCAGGGUGACAGCAGUGCUAAGAAGAGACGCUUUCUAUAGUAGCUGUCAUCCGCAGUCCAGCUAAUAGCAGCAAACAGAUAAGCUGGGCUUCCCUUGAGAGUCUGUGUUAAAGGACGGCAAUACCUUCUAACCCUCAGGCUGUUGGUCAUCUUCAGUACGUUUUGUCAGUUGUACACACUUGAAGAGGGCAUUUGUAUACCUGUAAUGUUCUUGAGAUCAGAAAUUCAUGUUCUGUAGAAAAGGUCAGAUCAGAGUGAGUGCUAUAAAGGUUAAACUGAAUUUAUAUAGCAAAUAUGAAAUCCUUUUAAAAAUGUAAACUGUUAGACCACAUUUCCUCCUCUCCCUAAGACAUCAGUCGUUUUCCAACAAAACAUACUUCAUAUUUAAAGAGCGAGAGGAGGACAGGUCCUUUCAACCAUUGAGUGGUGGACAAGUUUCUUCAGCAGCCUCAGCAUAGGGAGUUCAUACCGGUGGCCAGUGUCUCAAGCCAGCUCUCUUGGGUAGCAUGUUGGG